AUGAGCAAAACAUUCACCCCCGCUGAAGUCGCCAAGCACAACAAACCCGACCAGGGUUUGUACAUCAUCGUCGACAACUCGGUCUACGACGUUACAAAUUUUGUAGACGAGCACCCAGGCGGCGCAAAGAUCUUGAAGCGUGUUGCCGGGAAAGACGCCUCGAAGCAGUUCUGGAAGUACCACAACGAUGGUGUGCUGAAGAAAUAUGCGCCCAAGUUGAAGAUUGGGGAGGUCAAGGAGGGUGCGAAGCUGUGA